AUGUGCUUGAUUAUUUUAUUAUUAAUACAAUUAAUAGUUAUAUCAUUAUCAAAAGAAGAUAUAAAUAAUUGUUAUUUUACUGUUUCUUAUUUAAAUGGAAGUCAAUAUAAUUGUUUAGAUGAAGAUUGUUAUAAAUAUAUUGAUAUAAUAUCAUUAGAAGAUCAACAAUGUCGAACUAAUUAUUUAUCACUUAAAUUUUCAUCUCAAUCAACAUAUAAAAAUUUUCUUCAAUUAACUUCAUUAGAAAAUCCUCUUGCUUCAUUUUUUUCUAAUGGUCGUCCAAAUCUUGAACGUCUUCUUCAAAUUGAAUUUCAAUCAUCAUUAUUUAAUGAUGAUCUAUUUAAACUUAAUCAAUUACGUUUAUUAUCUCCUUAUUUUAUAUCAAAUAUUGAUACAUAUGAAUUUAUAUUUGAUGGAUUUAUUACAAAUAAUAAUUUAACAUUAUUUAUUGAUAAAAAUAUGUUUAUUAGUAAUGAACAACAAAUAAUUGAUACAUUAAGAUUAAUAUUUAAUUGUAGUCAAUUUGAACGAGUAGAAUGGGAAUUAAUUAAAAGUAUUGAAAGUCUACCAGAUUCACCAUGUCCUCAACAAAUUCAAUUUAUUAAAAAUGAUUUUAUUAAUAAUCAAUAUUAUAAUAAUUUAAUUAUUCUAAUAAGUCUUAUUACAUUUGUAUGUAUUAUCAUUAUAAUAGCUCUUAUUAUGAUUGCUUUAUUUUAUAAUAAUUAUUAUAUGAAUAAUCGAUUAAAACAAAUAUCUACAUCGAAUAGUCGAACAGAAUUAAUAACAAUAAUUGAACGAUUUUAA